AUAUCAGCUGAGGAGGGUCAACAAAGGUUGUUUGGAUUUCUAAAAGAGAUAAUACAUGCUGGGUAAAAUUUAAAUUUAUACUGUUGUCUAGUUGCAGUCAAUUUAAGAAAGGCAGUAAAUAUUUUAUCUGAACUGCAGUAAAAAUGGGGGUAAUUUUUGCCCUGCUGUUCUUCAUAGGAGCUGUAACAACAGCUCUAGGUAAGCCAAACGUAGAUGCCCCUAUUUGGAGCGAAACUUAUGCAGUAAAAGGAAUUUUACACAUUCCCUACGCAGAAAUUCACGAACCUUUCUACGCUUGGUAUGAUGCCCCCUCAAAGCAGUCUCGAAUUGACUACUACGGAGACAUGGUUAAGACAUAUCAGUUGGGCAGUUCAGGAUACGGCACCAGCUUGAAAAUAGCCCCUAUUACAACAGAAACAGAAGAAAACGCAAUCACUUGUCUGCAAGUGAACGGGACUGAAGAAAACAAAAUAGUCCCGCAAACGAUCCUGCCAUCUUUGGUUGGUUUUGAAUGUGCAGGUUCCGAAACGAUUGAUGGAGUACUGACAGAAAAAUGGGCACUAACGCAAACUGUUGGACAAAAAGUGAACAAAUACACAAUGUGGAUUUUCUACAAACCCGAUCCCAACAACGAAAACAUUAAAUUAGCCGUACCAAAAAGAUACGAAAUGAGAGGAUUCAACUCUCUGCUAGGCAGCCACUACGACCACUACUUCCUGGAAUACGACUUUUACGACAUUAAUGAAAUCCCAAAGGACACAUUCGAAAUUGACCCCAACAUGACAUGCAGCUCAUUUCCGGGACCCGGAGACAAGCACAUCUACACUUUCAACCCCAUGGCGGAAUUCAUCCACCCCGUACAAACCGGACACGUCGACUUUGAAUUUAACAAGUUCAUGCACAAACACAGGAAGCAGUACGGCAACGAGAGAGAGUUAAACCUUCGCAAGGAAAUCUUCAGACAGAAUAUCAGAUUUAUUCACGCCGUGAAUCGUCAAAAUAGAGGUUAUUCGUUGACUGUAAACCACCUAGCUGAUAAGACCGAGUUGGAAUUGAAGGCUUUAAGGGGGAAGACGUAUUCCGGCGAAUAUAACGGCGGCCAACCAUUCCCAUACAAAAACAUCGACGGAGAUAGCUUACCAACUCAGUUUGACUGGAGAAUAUUCGGUGCUGUGACUCCCGUAAAAGAUCAGUCUGUAUGUGGCUCGUGCUGGUCUUUCGGUACGGUAGGAACCGUAGAAGGUGCAUACUUUUUGAAAAAUGGUGGAAAUCUCGUCCGUCUUUCCCAACAAGCGCUAAUCGAUUGCUCAUGGGGAUACGGUAAUAAUGGAUGUGACGGUGGAGAAGAUUUCCGGGCUUACAAAUGGAUGCUUAAACAUGGAGGAAUUCCCACCGAGGAAGAUUACGGCCCCUAUUUAGGACAGGAUGGAUACUGUCAUGCCGAAAAAGUUUCCAAAGUCGCCAAAAUCACGGGCUGGGUCAACGUGACAGCUAACGACGAAAAUGCUCUAAGACUGGCCAUAGUUAAACAUGGACCUAUUAGCGUUGCCAUCGACGCUUCUCAUCGUACGUUCAGUUUCUAUUCCAAUGGGGUUUACUAUGAACCGCAAUGUGGUAACAAAGAGGAUCAGUUGGAUCAUGCCGUGUUAGCUGUAGGGUAUGGUUCGAUUAACGGAAAAGAUUACUGGUUAAUCAAAAAUAGUUGGUCGAACUACUGGGGAAAUGAUGGAUAUGUCUUAAUGGCUGCCAAAGACAACAACUGUGGUGUUAUGACCACUCCAACUUAUGUUACCAUGUAAUUGUUCUAUUCCACAUUUUUAGCACAUAUCGUAAUCUAGUUAUUAGUUCGAAUAUUGCAAAUUUUAAAGCUCUCUAAAAUUUUUGCUCAAGGCUGUUCGUUUAUAUUAGGCACAAAACGUAAAUUUUAAUAAAACAUAUGAAAAUAUA